ACGUUUAGGAACUUGAGACAAAGGGAAUCUUGAGAUACCGUUACCAUCUGACUUAUUCUCACAAAGUACUUUGACCAUAGUUACUUUAACACAGUUAAUAGCCUUACUAACAAGUAAUUAAGACUUCACUCGACUCACCAAGCACUGUGGUAUAGACGUGUCUGUGAUCAUAUUAGAACAAUGGUUCAUCUCGCCCGUGUUGUCUCUUUGUUGGUCGUUAUCUUGACCACUGCGUCGUGUGGUGAGUACAACAUGCAAGUCGAAUGAUAGAAGUCAACAAUGAGAGUCCUUUAAAAUAGGUUUAAAAAGGGUAAAGUGUAUAAUUUAAAGUUAGCUCAACAGUUAAUAAAUGUAGAGCUUUUUUUAAAAAAAAACAAGUCGGUGUUAUUGUUAGAUGUUUCAGGCGAGCAAAUACCAACACAGGAACAAGAAGGGAGGGAAGUCAGUCAAGUUUAUAACGCCCCUUUAAUCUUUUCUGUACGUUACAUUUUCAUUGGUUCUUUUGUUUGUCCGUUGACGAAGACUUUCUUUCUGAAAGAAAGCAAACAUCGUGUUUUCUUAUCUUCAUAAAUACUUCAGGAAACAUAAUUCAAAUCCAACGCUUAAAUGAUUAAACAUUUCGUCAAUUUAAAGGCUGAAUUUAAACCACGGACGUUUGGCCAAAAUAUCCCAUUAGUUAAACAUAUUGAAAUUCGCAGCUGUCAUCUGGGAUCCUUGUGGAACUUUCAAUUGUCAGAAUGGAGGCAGCUGCACUGCACCAGCCGAUGCUCCCUAUUGUCUGUGUCCAAAUGGUUUCACUGGCACACACUGUCAGCUGAAAGGCCGAUUUGUAGGUAAGUAAUUUAAGACCUCAAAAUCGCGGAUCUUCUAGAAUCUAAAGAGACAUUAUCGCCUGUCAAAUGGCCAGGUCCUGAUUUGGGAAUACUUUAUCCACGUGACUCAUUCGAAUUACUAUCCAAUGGAAAGAGUAGAAUUAUUUAAACGGCGUAACACAAAAAGAGAAGAGUUUUGGUAAAUUACAUAUUAGAAUUAUCAAAACAUGUUUAGUGACAAAAUAAUAAUAAUAAAAAAAAUAAUGACACAAAUGAAUUCAAAGUUAAUGCAUCACAUAUUCAGAGACAUAAAGAAUGAACAUUUAAUAAUUCAAAUUGAUGUUUUAGUCAAUGGAGGCCAGUACAGGCCAAUACAAGCCAAUCGAUGCCCCAUUGGAGACAUUCUAAUGUGUUCAAAUUUAUGUGAUACACAUAGCUAAACCUGAUAAGAAAAGGUCACAACUUAGAUUAAUUUGACAAAAACGUGGCUUAUUUACGUUUAGGACAAGUUAAAAAUAAAGAUUAAAUAACCUACAUCUGAAGGUUAGACAGCUCUGAAUACACUUCCAAUGGCGUUAAAAAUUAAAACAAGGCCCCAACAAGCAUGAUAGGUAACACAAGACUUGGGCUAUUUAUAUCUGUUGAUAGGUAAGGGCUUUAAAGAAACAAGCUUAUUAUAAAUGCCAUCUUCACUAACUCAUUUCCAAAAAAAUAUAUCUUUUGCUAAUUAUUAUUCAUCACCAUCUUUUGCACAGAAUUUAUACUUGACCCAUGUACCAACUAUCAUUGUCAAAAUGGCGGCCACUGUUUUGCCCCCGCUGAUGCCCCACGUUGUGUUUGUCCGUCCGCCUUCACAGGAACUCACUGCCAGGAUGUAGUUUAAGUAUAACAGAGAAAGCGUUGAGUUCUCGUACUACACCGUGUGGUCGUCUUGCCUCGAUUUCAAUAAACAAAGAUGCUGCUCUU